CUCGGGGUAUGUGCUCCCAUAUGAAACUGGCAGAAAAGGACCGACAGCCAAGUGCGAUGUGCCACCGGAACCAAAUCAGUUGUUUGAUUUGUUGGUGGCUGGUGAUGGUGCUUACAGUGCUCGUGCCAGCCUCUGCGAGCCCUGCUCCUAAGUACACCGACUACCAACAAAUGGGAGUUUCAUACGACGAGUACCCUGUCGUAGUUCCUAAAAGGGCAGCCGUUUUGUUGGAUAGACUAAUGGUUGCGUUGCAAAAAGCAGUCGAUUCAGACCACCUCGAGGACAGCGUAAAUAGAAUACCAUUGAGCGAUAAGAUGGACUUGCAAAGAAGAGGGCAGCAGAAAGGAGGACGGACAUACUGGAGGUGUUACUUCAACGCGGUAUCCUGCUUUUAAAAAUCCCAAGACUUACUUACGAUCAUCAAAACAUUUGAUGCUUAGCUUGAACAGGAAACUUUUAUGUGAUAUGCUAUCUAUUAAAAGGAAUCAAUUGUAAAUCAUGUCUGAUAAUUUAAAAAACAUUAAAACGAGAAAAUUUAUUAAGUUUGACAAAAUUGCAUGGAUAUUUAAUAAUAAUAAAAUCAUUCUUUGAUUUUUUUUGUUAAUAAAAUGUAAAUUACACUGGUUUUCCUCCCAACGAUUAACACAUAUUUUAUAAUUGUCAUUAUUAAAUUAUGAUAUAAAUGGAACGCUGUUUAUCAUUAUUGUAUUUACUUAUGUGUCUCGAUUGUUGUAAAGUGUAAUGUCUUGUAAAAUAUAGAUUUUCGAUAAAGUUACUCAUGUUAUUUUUGAGCUAAUAUAAAUUUACAAUUUAUAAAAUUAUCCAUCAGUAAACAAAUUGAUAAAACAAGAGUGAAAAGUUAUAGGAAAAGUUCAAGUUGGUACAUCGAAUGAUUAACCUAUCACAUAAACGACGAACAGAAGAAAUUUGUUUUGGAACCUUGUGAAAAAAUAAAUUUUUUCUUAUUAAUCUCUUUUAUUGUAGUUCAAUAAUAUCGU